AAUUCAUAUGCAGCGGGGGAGGGUUUAGAGACCGACACUGAACAUGGCGGCGCCCGGCGGCUGGUUUAAUCGCUCAGAAAACGGCGAGAAACAAAGCAAAAGUCCACUCGUGUCUCCCCUCAAAGUGCGAGAACUUCUCAACGAAGGGGUUGCUUCGGAAGACAACGUGUUAAAUUUUUCACAGCAGGAUCCAAACACACUGUCUCCAGAUGGCCUUGGGAAAGCUCCUUGUGAGGCAGCAAACAAAGAAGCAUUUUUCAACAGAGUGGAAUCCUACUCAUGUCUCAAAUGGGCCGGAAAGCCCCGUGCGCUGUCGCCGCUGAGAUGUGCACGGUACGGCUGGAUCAAUGUAGACUGUGACAUGCUGAAGUGUUCUAAUUGCCAGGCUUUCCUCUGUGCAUCAAUCCAAGCAACCUUGGACUUUCAGAAAUAUGAAGGACGGAUUUCAGAGUUGCUUCAACAGCUUCAAACACAACAUGAGAAAUUCUGUUCCUGGCCAGAUUUUCCAUGUCCAGAUCGCUUCUGGAUGGUUCCUGUUAAUGAGCCGACGCUAUUACUCUGUGCCUUUCUAGACCGUUUCAAAAGUGCUUGCCUUCUAGAACAGCAGCUGCCUGCUAUGAAACCAGAGCAACUUAAAGCCAUGACCUUGACUGAAGAUGUAAUAAGUGUUCUCCUACAGCUGAUUGAAGAAGAACAGGUGAAGCAGUGUGGUUCUCCUACUAAGGUCUCAUCAGAUCCACUCUCUGUACAGGUGGCAGCAUGUAUCGUAGCUCUUUGUGGUUGGGCAGCCAGCCCGUCACUCCAAGCUAUGAAUCUGCCUAUCCUCACUUGUUCGUACUGCAUGAGAAAGGUGGGAAUGUGGAGCUUUUUUCAAAUGGAGACCGUUUCAGAGAUCGAAAAUCCUCCACAGUCUCCAACAUCUUCUACUGCAUUGACUCCAUCUCAAGGCACAAGUGGGGAAAAGGGGAUGCCCACCUCACCAUCCCAGUCCCCCACUCCAUGUCGAAUGAAGCUGCGUAGUCAGGACCCCACACGCUCCGAGCAGAUGGAGAGUACACCAUCCUCACAGGUCCUCCACACCAGAAACCGGGACUCCCCUAUUCCACAUGAGGAGUUUCCCAGCCCCCUGUCCAGGGGCAAGAGACCCAUGACUCGCAGCAGGGGCCCAGGAGAAAACCUGGCUGUGGAUGUGCCCUCUAGUCCUCAGCGAAAGACAAAACGCCCACGUCUCUCCUCUACCUGUGGCUCUGAAGGGUCCAUGCACAGAAAUGUUUUUGACCCAGUAGCCCAGCACAGAGACUGGUGUCCUUGGGUAAGUGUGGAAAGAGAGGAGGCCAAUCUAGAAGGCUCUGUCUGUGUUGGCUCUGAGGCUGAGCUUCCUCAGCCUGGCUGGAAAGCAGCGCUUACUCUGUUUCUAUCUAUGAAGAGAAGCCUCAGUCCAGUAGGGGCCAGUCCAGCCCAGGGUCCUCAUGACAAAUCAAAAAGGGUGUUUUCGAUAUUCCGACAGUGGCAGGUAUCUUACCCAUCCCAGUUGGGAAAGGGACAGUAAAUCCACAUGGAUCAAGCGGCCUGUGAUGAAAGACCUCGGCUUGGAGCAGGAAAGCCCUGCAGAGUUCUUCUCAGAAAUUGUAACUUUACCACACUGUUUUGAAUCUGGGCCCAUCCAGUCGCAUUAGGACAUCAAGAGACUGGAGACCGACGCUCUUUACCUCACAUGGGCAGCCAAAUAGUCCUCCCCGCCUCACUGGACACGAGGCUUUCACAGGGUUUUAACCUACAUUUAGGGAAGCUUUAGUGAAGCUCUGAGAACUAGUUUACCUGAGGAGAACCAGUGUUUUUAGGUUUUUGUGUUUUUCUGUAUUGUAUAAAUAGGUAUAUUAUAUUUACUUCCAUAAAUGUGAAUAUGCCGAACAACAUUUUUAUCACUCUUUUUUUUUUUUCUUUUUUUUUUUUUAAAGGAUGUUUAUUACCUUUAUCAUCUUUUACCCACAUCCCAGUGAAAUAUAUGCCAUAUUUAGAAAACAGUGCCAAUAUAAAUGAUUUUGCUUUUGAAUCACUUUCUCUGGAAGUGCUGCUUGGGGUGCAUCAUGCAUGUUAAUAAUGUGCAUGUCUGCCUAAGUUGAAUAAACGCGUUCCUUUUGCUGGUUUUCA